AUGGUGGCACCACGCAUGUCGAUCAAGUUCUUGGGCACCUCGUCCAUGCCCAACUCGACGAGAAACUACUCUUCUCUCCUCUUCAAGCUGGACAGCCAUACCGUCAUGGUCGACUGCGGCGAAGGCACACAACGUCAACUUCGCUCUCGGUAUGUUGGUGUCGACGAGCGCCUCGCCAAUCUCAGAACCAUCCUCGUGACACACCUUCAUGCCGAUCACGUGCUUGGACUCGUGCCUCUGCUCAUGUCCAUGAUGGGUCCUUCGGGCGCCUCUCCGGCAGCAGAACCUGCAUUACCGCGGGUCGAAAUCUAUGGUCCACCAGGUCUGCGCGCAUUGAUACGAACCACUCUCUCAUUGUGCUAUUCGCAGCUCAGCGGCAAGUACGUGGUACACGAAUUCGUGUGGCCAACGCACGACCAACUCCCGGACGGCUCACCUCACGCCCUCACCGAUCAACCCGAGCGCAUCGUCCCCAACCUGCCUUUGCACCAAGGCGAGUCUAGCGCGGGUCGCAACCUGGAAAUGGAUCCACGCUCGUUCAGUUGGCCCAACUUUCUCUCACUCAAGACAUCAAGCCAAGGUCCGAGCGUGCGCAUCAGUGCAGCGCCCAUCUCGCAUCGAUGCCCAACGCUCGCGUACGUGUUUGAGGAGCAAGCAAGAGCACCGCCUUUAGAUCCGAGUGUGGCCGAGGCACUCAAACGAAAUGGUCCUGCUCUGCUCGAGCAAAGGGGUAUUCGACAUCCUCUUUCACUUCUGUCCACGCUCACAGCGCAACGCCGCUCGGUCCAGCUUCCUGAUGGCACCGUACUGGAUCCGCCGCCACUGAGUCUGCCGGGCCGCAAAGUGACCAUCAUGGGCGACACAAGCGAUGGCACUGGCGGCUUUUCAGAGAUGCAACUGAGAGCCGGCUACGGCUUGCCUGCACUCGCUUACGGCACCGAUGUACUGGUGCACGAGAGCACCAACAUUGCGCUUCCCUCGCAUCUCAACAAGAAUGGCAAAGCGGAUUCGCUCCAAGACGUGACAGUAAAAGCAAAGUCUCGCGGACACUCCGUUCCUCAGGUGGCUGGUCAUUUCGCUGCUUUGGUGAAUGCGAAACGCUUGAUCCUCAAUCACUUUUCCACAAAGUACCCGAGUCCGCCGCAUUACCUGCUCGACAGCACCGGCACCAAUGUAGAUUCGCAUCCACUACACGGUGAAGGCCAGCAAGCAGCGCAGGAUCGACAACUCGGAGAUCCGGAGCGAAAGGCUCUCAUCAUGAAGGAGUUCGAAGUGCAGGCCUACCACGCCUGGAAGCAAGCAGCCAACAAGGGUGAUACGCAGCUCGAGACGUACUCUGCGUUCGAUGGCUUUCAUUUUGAAGUGCCGGCUCGGCCAGAGCAAGAUGCUUCAGCAUCUAAGACGGAGGUCGACGUUUUUUCCAGGCCGUGGGAGCAGGGAUCUGCAGUUGAGAGCAGCAACGGUCUCAAAAGGAAACUCGACGAACAAGGCCCCCAGGCGAAGGACAACGAGAAAGUAUGGGAUCCGUCGCCAUUGCUUGUGCCAUCGUCGCCAAAUUAUCUACCGCGCUAUGCGAUAGUGUUGCUCAACUCGCCGAUCGAAGAACGCCAGAUAGGACAUUUUCGACGCCUGUGGGACUCGGCAUCGCUGCGUUUGUGCGCGGACGGAGCGGCAAAUCGACUCUUAGAUAGCUUUGGUGCGGCGGCAUUCGAAGCGCAAGACGGACAGUCGGCGGUGCCUCUACCCAAUGCCAUUGUUGGCGACCUCGAUUCGAUCCGACCUGACACGCAACGAUUGUUCGAGUCCAAGGGAGUCGCCGUGCAUGUGUGUCCUUCGCAGUACGCUACGGACCUGCAAAAAACGAUCCAAGAAAUCGAGGACCAGGAAGCAGCAUCUGGUGAUGGGGAGGAGUACACUCUCGUCAUUUACGGAGGUCUAGCGGGUCGAUUAGAUCAAAGUGUGCAUACGCUGCAUGUACUGUGGCAGUUGGCGCCCGGAACGCCGGAGCUCAGCAGUGUAAUGGAUCCAGAAGGUACGAAUCAGAGGGGCAAUCGACUCAAAAAAAGGCAAUGUACCUUUGCGAUUGGCGAUGGCAGUGUAGCAUGGCUGCUUCCGCAAGGCAAGCAUGUGUUGCACAUGUCACGCCAAGUGAUGGGCAAGACUUGCGGUAUCCUGCCGCUUGGUGUGGGAAACAGCGGAGCCAAAGUGUCAACGAAGGGAUUGGAAUGGAACUUGGAAGGCGACUCGACGACGCUGGGCGGGUUCUUGUCCACCUCGAAUCAUCUUUACGAUGACGAGGGGGUUGUUCGGGUCGAGAACGACGAGCCAGUAUACUGGACUGUUGAGCUUCGUCCGGACGACGAUUGCACGUUCUGA